CUUCCCGUACGUUAACACUAGCUAUCUCCUAGAGAAAACUAACAAAAUGAAUUGAGCCGGAAAACACGGUAACAUGAAAAGGAGAUGUUAGUGUGCCUUUUUCAUUGUUUUGUUUUCUCGCAUGCAUGCUUGACAAUUUGAACAGAGAUUAUCAUUCAAAAGUAGACAAGACCAGAGAAAAGAAAAUGGUGGGAAGGUCGUUGGGGCCAGCCGAGGUGGUCGAUGAGAGGGCUGAACGAUACCAAGGGAAGGUCACCGGUUUUGUCAUUGUUACUUGCUUUGUUGCAGCCAUUGGUGGAUGCAUCUUUGGAUAUGACAUUGGGGUCUCAGGAGGUGUCACGUCGAUGGAUGAAUUCCUUCGAGAGUUUUUCCACGAUGUGUAUGAGAAAAAGAGUCAUGCUCAUGAAAAUAACUACUGCAAAUUCAACAAUCAAGGACUGGCGGCGUUUAACUCGUUACUGUACAUGGCUGGUUUAGUUGCAACUCUGAUGGCCUCACCAGUUACUAGGAACUAUGGACGACUUUCAAGCAUUAUAUGUGCUGGGAUCUUUUAUAUGAUUGGAGCUGCUGUAAACGCUGGAUCUAUGAACCUUCCGAUGCUUUUUUUUGGACGGAUCAUGAUCGGUUUCGGCGUUGGCUUUGAAAAUCAGGCAGUUCCUGUGUACUUAUCAGAGGUGGCACCAGCCAACUUAAGAGGGGGUCUAAACAGUAUGUUUCAGUUGGCAACAACUCUUGGGAUAUUUUCAGCCAACAUGGUCAGUUAUGCCACGCAAACUCUCAAGCCUUGGGGCUGGAGGCUCUCUCUUGGUUCUGCUGCUUUUCCGGCUCUUCUCAUGACCCUUGGCGGUUAUUUCCUUCCUGAGACUCCCACCAGCUUGAUCGAAAGAGGAUUAACAGUGAGAGGCCGGCAAGUCCUGGAGAAACUAAGAGGAACAAGAGACGUCAACACUGAGUUUCAAGACAUGGUAGAUGCAAGCGAGUUGUCAAAUUCUAUCAGACAUCCUUUCAAGGAAAUUCUACAUAAACGCCACAGGCCUCAGCUUGUUAUGGCGAUUCUCUUGCCAACGUUUCAGAUCCUAACUGGCGUAAACUGCAUUCUCUUCUACGCGCCUGUUUUGUUUAUUACUAUGGGAUUUGGAGGAAAUGCUUUACUCUACUCAUCAGUCCUUGUAGGAGCUGUCCUUGUUCUCUCAACUUUGAUUUCCAUUGCAUUAGUUGACAGAUUAGGACGACGAGCUUUGCUCAUCAGUGGCGGAUUACAAAUGAUCAUUUGUCAGGUCAUAGUCUCAGUGAUCUUGGGAUUGAAAUUUGGAGACAACAAAGAGCUAUCAAAAGGAUACUCAAUCCUCUUGGUCAUCUUUGUUUGCCUCUUUAUUCUAGGCUAUGGAUGGUCAUGGGGACCGCUCGGCUACACCAUACCGAGCGAAAUAUUUCCCUUGGAGACCCGUUCUGCGGGGCAGAGUAUCACCGUUGCGGUUAAUCUCCUUAUGUCCUUCAUCAUUGCCCAAACUUUCCUAUAUCUCCUAUGUGCUCUCAAGUUUGGAAUUUUCCUUCUCUUUGCUGCUUCGGUUUCCGUGAUGACCAUCUUUGUUUACUUCCUCUUACCUGAGACCAAAGGAGUGCCAAUUGAAGAGAUGACACUCAUAUGGAGGAAACAUUGGUUUUGGAAGAAAAUAUUACCUACAAAUCUUGAAGCUGAGAGCAGCCAUGCACAAUAGCCAGUAAGGAACACCAUCAAAUGUAUAAUUAUUAAAAACCUUCAAAUGCAUUAGCGUUUCUGUUGCAUUCUAGUGUGAAUACAAUAUGCAUUAGUGCUUCUAUCACUAUUUCAAUAACCAUUUUUCAAUAAAUUCACUACAAGAAA